GUUCUGUUCCGCUUCUCGACAGUCGGAUGCUGUGGCUGGGAGCCCCCACUGUUAACUGAGCACGUAGGACCGGGAGAAGGGACACGGAAGGAAAGGAAUUGGAGAGCAUUUGAUAUCAAAUCGGGACACAUGUUGAGUUAACGGGUCCACUCCACCACCCUCUACCGUCUACCUCAUAAGCGAUUCUAGAUUUCUAAUUUCCCAGUUGUAGACGAUUCUGUCGAAGUAUUGCCAUCGACCGGAUUCGUCUUUGAGCUCACAGCCACCCUGCAUUUUUCUGGGACUAUGGAUCUUAGUAAAAUGGCUGUGAGCAUCAACAAGGCCAUCAACACGCAGGAGGUCGCCGUCAAAGAGAAGCAUGCCAGGACCUGUAUCUUGGGGACCCACCAUGAGAAGGGCGCCCACACUUUCUGGGCGGCGGUCAACCGUCUACCGCUCUCCAGCAAUGCGGUGCUCUGCUGGAAGUUUUGCCACGUCUUCCACAAGCUGCUGCGAGACGGCCAUCCCAACGUGAUAAAGGACUCGAUGAGGAACAAGGCUGACCUGAGUGACAUGAGUAGAAUGUGGGGUCACCUGAGUGAAGGAUAUGGGAAGUUGUGCAGCAUCUACCUCAAACUGCUUAUCACCAAGAUGGAGUUCCACAUCAAAAAUCCCCGUUUCCCCGGCAACCUUCAGAUGUCAAACAGGCAGCUUGACGAGGCGGGAGAGAACGACGUCAACAACUUCUUCCAGUUGACAGUAGAGAUGUUCGACUACCUGGAGUGUGAGCUCAACCUAUUCCUUGGUGUGUUCAGCUCCCUGGACAUGUCGCGGUCUGUGUCGGUGACGGCGGCGGGCCAGUGUCGCCUGGCUCCCCUGAUCCAGGUCAUCCUGGACAGCAGCCACCUGUACGACUACACCGUGAAGCUGCUCUUCAAGCUGCACUCCUGCCUUCCUGCUGACACACUCCAGGGCCACAGAGACCGCUUCCAGGAGCAGUUCAAGAAGCUGAAGAGUCUGUUCUACCGCUCCAGUAACCUGCAGUACUUCAAGAGGCUCAUUCAGAUCCCACAGUUACCUGAGAACCCACCUAACUUCCUGCGGGCGUCGGCGUUGUCGGAGCACAUCAGUCCGGUGGUAGUCAUCCCGGCUGAGUCGUCCUCCCCCGAGACGGAACACAUGGUGGACCUGGUGACAGAGGACCUGGUGGAUACCGACAUCCCCGUCCAGCCGGCUACUGUGGUAGAGCCCAGGUUCGACGACCUCUUUGGCACGUCCGCCGCCACGGACCCCUUCAAUUUCAACAAUCAGAACGGGAUGCGCAAGGACGACAAGGACCGCCUGAUCGAGCAGCUGACACGGGAGAUCCAGGCCCUCAGGGAGGAACUGGAGUCCUUCAGAUUGGAGAGUGGGCGUCUGUGCCAGGCGCUACGCGGGCGUGUCAAUGAGCUAGAGGCGGAGCUAGCAGAGCAGAGCCACCUGAGAAUGCAGGCGUUGGGAGAGAGCGAGUUCCUGAGGGCGGAGCUUGACGACCUGCGCCGGGUCAAAGAGGACACAGAGAAAGAGCAGCGAAGCCUCACCGAGAUCGAGAGGAAAGCGGUGGCCAACGAGCAGCGCUACGUCAAGCUGAAAGAGAAGUACACAGAGCUGGUGCAGAGUCACGCUGACCUGCUGAGGAAGAACGCGGAGGUGACUCGUCAGAUGACGGUGGCGCGGGCGGCUCAGGACGAGGUGGACACCGUGAGGAGAGAGAUGCAGGAGAAGGUCAAGGCUGCCCAGGAGGCCGCGGAGAGACAGGAGCAGGAACAGGUGGAGCAGCUGCAGGAGCUGCAGAGGGAGCUGAUCUCCAGUAGGGUGGAGCUAGACACCCUGAAAAGCACCAUGGCCUCGUCCCAACAGUCGAGUGAGGAGCUCAGUUCGCAGCUCUCGACUGUGGAAUCGGAGAAGGUGGAGCUAGCGGGAUCCUUGUUGAAGAAAGAGGAGGAGCUUGCAGGCCUGGGGGAGGAGCUAGAGCGUGUUCAGAGCAGCCUGGCCAGUGAGAGGGAAAGUGGAGUGAAGACUGCCGAGGCCCUACAGAACCAACUCAAUGAGAAGGAGAGCAGGGAGCAGGCCCUGGAGAGGCAGCUGGUGGCAGCCCGCUGGUCCACCCUACAGGGGGCUGUGGAGGAGGCAGAGAGAAUAGUCCAGGACUCACUGGCCCAGCUUGACGACCCAGCACAUAUCAGCUGCACCAGCUCUGCAGACUACCUGGCGUCCAGGUGUCAGGCAUCUCUGGACUGUAUGGACAGACUUCACUCUGCCAGAGACGGCUACCUGGCAGACAACACAGGUGUGUCGGAGCUGGUGCGGGCAGUGACCCAUCUUGCACACCUGGUGGGCGACACCAUUGUUCAGGGCAGUGCCACCUCUCACAUGGUGCCAGUGGAGCAAGCGGACGCGUUGUCAGACAGUGUGAAGGCGUGUGGGGCUGAAGCCCUGGCCCUGCUGGGUCAGAUGAAGGACCAGGAAAGCCUGGCUACGGCAGACAGCGCAACGUUGAGGGCAGCACUGGAUGGCAUCCUGGCCACCGCAGAGAAACUGCGUCCUCGGGGUCUGGAGCUGCAGCAGGGGGAGCUGGGAGAUCUGGUGGAGCAGGAAAUGGCUGCCACAUCAGCCGCCGUGGAGUCAGCAGCCGCCAGGAUAGAGGAUAUGCUCAACAAGUCGCGUGCAGUCGACACAGGGGUUAAGAUGGAGGUCAACGAGAGGAUCCUGGCCUCCUGUACAGACCUGAUGCAGGCCAUCAAAGAGCUUGUUCUGUCUUCCAAAGAUCUGCAAAGGGACAUUGUGGAUAGUGGCAGGGGGGCAGCAUCCAUGAAGGAGUUCUAUGUCAAGAACUCUCGCUGGACUGAAGGCCUGAUCUCAGCCUCCAAAGCCGUGGGCUGGGGUGCCACGGUAAUGGUAGAUGCAGCAGACCUGGUGGUGCAGGGCAAGGGCAAGUACGAGGAGCUGAUGGUGUGUUCGCAUGAGAUUGCAGCCAGCACUGCACAACUGGUGGCCGCAUCCAAGGUGAAGGCAGACAAAGACAACGCCAACCUGGGCCGCCUGAAGCUGGCAUCCAAAGGGGUCACACAGGCCACCGCCGGAGUUGUAGCCUCCACCAAGUCCGGGAAGUCCCAGAUCGAGGAGAAAGACACCAUGGAUUUCUCCAGUAUGACCCUCACUCAGAUCAAGAGGCAGGAGAUGGACUCACAGGUUUCGGUUCUAGAGCUGGAGACAAAGCUGCAGAAGGAGCGAGAGCGUCUAGGAGAGCUAAGGAAGAAGCACUACGAGCUGGCCGGGGUGGCCGAGGGCUGGGGGGAGGAGGACGAAGGUACAGGUUGAGGUCUGCUCCCCACCUCUCCUCCAACCACAAGACUGACUUCUCUCUCGCUCUGCCUCUUGCCCCAUUUAUACACUCUUCAGUCUUUCUCUUCCUAUUUAUUUUUUGAUUUUUAUGAAAGCCAAAUAAAAAGGUGCUUUUUUAAAAUGCUCCUCUUGCUCCCUCCCGGUGGCUUCCCCCCCCCCCUCGACUGUUGAGGAAUAGCACACCUGCUGAUGGAUCCUUUGUCUUCUACCAACGGUUCAUUUUGUCCCAGUGGGAGCACCACUAGUGUGUGUGUGUGUGUGGAGCGACCAACCACGAGCACAAGUUCUUCACAACCAGAUAUCCUACAAUGCAUUGCACAAGGGCCAAUCCCUCAUCAGAGGGAGACUUGACUGAUUGCCAGUUAGACCCCACCCCUUGCCCACCCAAUGUCUCAUCAGUGCAACAAAAACAGGCGUGUGUGUUUUUCUCCCACUAAACAGUUGUUGCGUUGUUAUUCUAAGUCGUAGAGUUGUUGCCCUCGCCAGUUUUCUUUUCUCCUGGGUCCUCUUUUUCCUCUCACUGUGAGCUUUUACCUCUCUAACCCAAACCCCGUCUGAGCUAUAUGCCCACCGAGAUACGGACUUCUGCCUUUUCGCCUCCUGGUUUAAAGACCAUGAUGACUGUUGUUGUUAUUAUUAGAGUUGACUGUUUAGACACCCAGCUACCCUGAGGAUACACUAGAAAUAGAUCUGUCCCUGAAGUGAGCUCUGUCUGUUGAAAUGAAUGGGGUUUAGGUUCUCUAAAGACAGUAGUGUGGUGUGUCUGACCAGCCAGAGAGGGCUGCUGCUGACGUUGAAGUGGUGUGUGAUGCUCUGGGGCUGCUUUGAACCCCUGGUUGUGUUCAUUAGGCACAACACGGAAGAAAACGGAGUGAAUCUAAAAAGGUACUACCUGAACGUGUCCAAUAAGAAACACUUGUUUUCGUUUUCCUUUGCAAAACUCUAUCCUACACCUUGUCCUAUUGAACACAACCCUGAUCAUGCUGGACCGUUGAUUGGCUGUGUGGCUGUGAGCUUCCUGGUCUCUGUAACGUAGCUGGAAAAUGGACUUCAAUAAGCUGCCGUCUGAUAAUGUACUAUUUAUUCCCCCAGGGGCUUCCCCACAUUGAUUUGAAAGGAAUGGACUUAAGAAAGAUGGUGGAGUGAGCAAGUAAUAAGCAGAAAGGCAGGGAAUUGGAAUGCAGCCUUACACACCCACACUGCUGGGUUCUCAUCAGCUUCACCAGACGACGUAGCUGUAAAGCCUAGACAGAGAAACCGACAACUUCCAUCUGUCUGCAAUAGCAAUAACACCUGGGCCGUGUUCAUUAGGCACCAAACGGAAGAAAACUGAAACGGGGAGUAUAUACCUAGACCUGUCCAAUAAGUUACAUUGACACAAGAGGGCAGUGUUUCACAGCAGAGCUACUACAUUACAGAGACUCGUCAUGAAUUCUCCUCCACCUCUCUCUUGCCAGUGGACACUAGUGCUCUUCAAUCUGGCUUUAUGAAAAGAAAUGGGAACAUCAUAUGUUUUCGAGUACAGAAUGAGUUAGGUUAGUAGGGUUUCAUCCAGUAUUUGUUUUCCUUUGAAGUACUUUAGCUUCUCUUGAGCUUGCCUGGCGCAAUGGAACCAAUGAAAUAGUCCCAAAUGUGCUUCAAAACACGCCCAUCUGGCACUCCAGUCAGGCUCAAUGAAAAGCAAUGCAAUUCAAAAAUGUAUGAAUCCUAUUUGGACCCAGAUCUGGUUUAAUCAUAGCAUACUUUCUCUGUGUGUGAUGCUCUUUGAGUUUGUCUUCCUGUGUGUCUUAAUGCCCCUUUGAGUAUUUAAUAUUCUGCUAUGCUUUUGGCUGUUUUAUAUAAAAAGUUGUGACACUGGGUAUUUAAUGACGAUUUAGCGGUGUACUUCCGUCACUACUUCCUGGUUAUUAACCUCUCACCCUUUGGUUUGUGUCUGUAGUCCAACCAGCUCAGCCAGCCUUUCAAACUGCCGCUCACUGUAGUCGAUGAGAAACAAACAGUACUCAAAAUAACAUUUGAAAUAAUGUCUUUUUUAUGAUAUACUAAAAACUAUGUAUGUGGGUUUGUUUUAUUUUUUCAGUUUUUAAAAUAAAUAUUUCAACUCAUUAAUAUGA